CAACCACUUUUUAAUCAUGCCACAAAGUCUUUGUCAAUGUAAGUUUUCAAAAACAUUCAAAUUGUGAACUUAGAUAUGUAUUUUGGAGUUUAACCAUAUUUCCAAUAUGUCACUAUAUCCGACCAAACCCGAGUGAAACCGAACCGCCACCAAUUGAACUAUUACAAUAUCUGAAUGAGACUAAAUUUUUGCUUCCAAAACAUGUAAAUCCAAACUGACCCUAAAAUGAAAUCUGAAAGUUCAUUCCUACUGUGUUGGGUUGGCUGGUGGCGGCUAAUCUGUUUUUUUUCCUUUGUAUUUUGAAUUAGGGUUUCGACUAACCCGUUCUGAGUGGACCGGGAAGUAGUUGAUUUAUUUUCAGUUCAUUUGUAUUUAUUUUGUUCUUAUGUUUUUCCACAUGUCUUUGUAAACAAAAUUAAUACGAAGAUCUUUUUUUAAAAAUAUCUUCCCUAAUAUUUCAAUUACAUAAGAGGUUAUAAGUUUAAGCAAAACAAAUGAUCAGUCAUAGUCAAAGAUUUUAUUAUUUUUGAACUUUUAAUUUAAUUAUUUUUAUAUAUAUUUUUCUUUGCGGAUUUAUUUUAUAUUUUAAGUUAUAUAACUUUUUAUUUUGGAUAUAAAUCUAGUGACUAUAAUUAUUACUUUUUUUAUAUAGGUCCAGUGACUAACAUCCAAUCCAGAUUAAUUAUUUGAUUUUUGUGUGCCUAUCCAUAAAGUUUCUUUAUGCAUGCCUACCAUAAAGCUUCUUGAAAUUAGUAUCUAAAAUUUAUCAUAUUUUAACAUAAUCUGAUCUUUUGUUUAAAUUUAAUACUAAACAUAAAUAGAUUAAUUAAAAGAUGACCACCUAUUAGGAAGAAUAUCUCAUGAGUUCUCAAAUGAGAUACUUUUCUUCUUCUUUUUCAUUUUCAUUCAUUUUUGGAUGAUAAUCUGUAGAAAAUCUUUCAUUGGAUGUGUUCUAAGUUAAUUUUUUUUAAUAUCUCUUACCAACUCUAGUUAAUUCUGAAAACAAAAGGAUUUUGUUCUCUUGUUCAUUCUCCACGCACUGCUAUUUUCCUUGUUUAUAUAUGGACUAAUAUUUCCAAUGUAAUUUACAAAUUCCUCCUAUACAGAUCCAUCUAUAUAUAAUCAAAUUGUGAUGUAAAUGAUUAUUUUGUCACAAACCUAGCCCAUAACAGAUAAUAUAAUGCAGCAAGAGCAUCUUUUGUGGGAACUGGAGGAAAGUAUACUCUCUCGGAUUCCACUGAAAUCUGUAGCUCGAUUCAGAUCUGUUUGCAAACGAUGGAACACUCUUUUAAAUGAUUUGAAGUUCAUUAACAAUCAUUUGGCUCGUCCACAGUUCGUCUUGAUUUCCGAAUCUAAGACUUGUUCAGUAGACGUUAAUUUCGACGGUCCAUCUAUAGAAGUGCAUGACUUACCCUCCGAUAUUCCCAACUAUGAACAUAGGAUGGUCAUGAGAAUGCACUAUUGCGAGGGAUUAUUGAUUUAUGCCACAUCUACGGGCUUCGGGAUUUGCAACCCAUGGUUAAGACGUAUUAGAUGGAUCAAAUCGAAACCAUCAUUUUGUUGGUUCAUUGGGAUGGGAUACGACUAUAGUAAACCCGACAACCAUUACAAGCUCUUUGGGUCUCGUAUGAAUUAUGACACCAGGUAUGUUAAUACCACGGAGGUUGGAUCCAAUGCAUGGAAAUCGUACGAGUUUUCAUCCCAUAGCUGGAGUAUGGUUUGGGGUAGCUAUACUAUAUCUCUGAAUGGAACUUUGUAUUGGAUUGCUGUUAAAAAAAGUGCACGCCAGCCUUUUAUUCUAAGUUUUGAUUUUUCUAUUGAAAGUCUCAAACCCUAUUGUAACUUGCCUGGCAAAAACGAUCUAUCAAAUGUUAGAGUUCUUGAGAUUUAUAGGAGAGAUCGAUUUUCUAUUUUAGAGCAAGACUGGAACACAAGGAAUAUUGAGAUUUGGGUGACAAAAGAUACGAUUAAAAAUGGGGAUGGAGAAUCCGUAGAGUGGAUGAAGUUCAUGAAUGUGCUAGUUCCUAUAUGGUCAAAUAUACUAGUUGACGACUCAGAAAGACCAAGUUACUUCAUCGACGAGAAAAGUAAUGGUCUCGCAUUGUGUUGCAUUAAUGAAAACGGAAAUACGUGUAUUUAUAUUGUCAAGGGAGAUAAGUUUCACGAAAUUGAAAUAAAUGAGUUGGUUGGGUUUCGAACUCGUCAUCUUACCUACUAUCCGAGUUUCGUUCCACUUCCUACUGGGGCGAACGAUGCCAAGUCCCAUUUUGUAUUCCCCAGAGGAGUAGAAGCGACCAAUGGAGUUGGAGAAAACGAAUGGGACGAUGGCUUCUUCGAUAAUGUGAAGAAAAUAAGUGUAGGACAAAGUGAUACUGGCGUGGCCUUUGUCAAAUUUGAUUACUCCAACAACAAGGCAGUUGUAAUCGGAGCCGUUCACGGGAAUGCAACACAUAUUACAUAUGAUGACGUUUUAAUCGAUGAUGAUGACUACAUUGAAGCUGUCGAGGGCACCUACAACGACAACUACAUUACCUCCCUCACGUUCCGGUUGCACAAGAGAAAAAUAGCGCCCCGAUAUGGACCCGAGGAUGGGACGCCAUUUGUGCUCCGAGGAGGAGGAGGCAGGAAGAUAAUCGGGUUUUACGGAAGAAACACUGAUGUCUACCUCACCGCUUUCGGUGUCCAUCGCAACGUCCCCUUCUAGAUUUUUUAUUUCCUACCAAACAUUUAAAAAUAUUACUGCAUCAUUAUUUAUAGUGAUGUUUAAACAUAACUAGGUCAAGAUCCGCACCUUGUGCGGGGUAAAACUAUUAUUAAAUAACAAAAGUUAUAUAAUAUUAUUUAAACUAAUAAUGUUUUAGCAGAAUAAUACUCUACAAUUUUAGAAAGAAAUUAUAAAUCAGAAUUGUGGGUUUUGUACAAACAAAAAUAGUUUCAUUAAUUGUGUGUUUGAAAUCUGACUCGGAUUCGCAGUCGGACCAGUAAACCUGGUGAUAUGAUCCGAUAUGUAAUCUAGUUUGAGUUUUAGGAAAAAAUGUGUUUUGAAAUCAGACCGGACCAACCGAUCCCAUGACAUGCUCUCCUAACCGGUUUCGAAUUAUACUAAAAAACGGAUUUGAGUUAAACCGGUAAAUUUGGUCAAAACUUGUCAAUUCAGUAAAACCGGUGACCCGGUUCAAUAUUAAACCCCGAUUUUCUCAAAUUCAAGUUAUUU